CGGUUGGACGAGAAGACCGCACCUGUGAGAGGGGAAAGAAAAGAUCGUUUGUUUUCCUGCUAUUUCAGUGUACCUGUUGGCCUUGUGUGGAGCAGCCACAAAGCCAACCUCGGACAUUUACGGCUUUUUGGUUUAUUUUCCAGAUCGUUCGCGACCAUAACCAUGAAUUCUGUGGUUGUGCUUCUUCUGCUGGCGUUCGCCGCUGGAGCAUCGGCUUGUCCCCCCUGUAAGACUAUGAAGUCGGCUAUAUGUGAUGGAGACCCGUGCACAUGCACUUUGCAGGUUGGCAAGGACGAGAAACAGACCCUGGACUGUGAAAAAUUGGUUCCCAAGUGCUUCCUGAUGAUGGCGGAGAUGCAGCAGAACCGGGCCAAGGCCGGGCGCUUUCUGGGGAAGCCCACCGAGGACGCCAUCGUGGACAACGACGGGAUCUACGACCCCGAGUGCGAGAGCACGGGCACCUUCAAGGCGCUGCAGUGCAACAACACGGAGGAGUGCUGGUGCGUCAACAGUGCCGGCGUCCGCCGCACGGACAAGAGCGACAAGAGUCUGAAGUGCGACAAGCUGGUGGAGACCUACUGGGUACGUCUUCAGCUCAAGCAUAAAGAGAUUCCUAACUACGAGAUGAAUGAAGAGGAACUGAAAACCGCAUUGCAGACCGCCAUUAAGGACCGGUACCGUAUGCCCCAGGAUAUCGUGGACUCAAUGGAAAUGCAGUACGACAAGGACGCCCGUCUCAUCGUGCUGGACCUGAAGAAAGAAAAGGAUGACAAGGAGAAGGACCUGUCGGGCAUCGCGUACUACAUGGAGAAGGACGUCAAACAGAAGUCGCUCUUCCACGGUGACAGCAAGUUCGAGCCGGAAGUGGGGGGAAAUAAGGUGGAGAUGGAGGACAUCCUGGUGCACUACGUGGACGCGGAGCCCCCCACCUUCACCAUGAGGAGGCUGACCGGCGGCGUCAUCGCCGUCAUCGUGGUCGUCGUCCUGGCCGUCAUCGCCGGGCUCCUCGUCGUGUACUUUGCCAACAAACGUGACAAGGCGAGGUAUCAGAAGACACACGUCAGAGAGUUGGAUGAGAUGCCAAAAUAAAUGCUGUUCUUUUUUGUUUAAGUGGUGAAGUUUUUAAGUAAAAUAAUCCAGCUGACAGGGGGCCCAUACUUCACAUUUGAAUCUAAACAUGGGGUUAGCUCUUAUUCAAAACCUAUUGUGUGCAGUCUAUGAAAAUGUUACUACUAAAUUUUAUUUUUUACCUGAGGGAUGUUCUCUGCUUACAUCUUUGUUAAUACAUAAUAUUCGGUGUACUGUUGUUUCCAAAGGACUGUAUUUAUGCGUUAAAGAAAAUUGCCUGUAUAAUACCAAAUCCCUGUCCAUCAAAUGCAUAUUGGAAAUGAAUUUUUUUAUUUGACAUAAUAUUUUUCAUCAUGCCAUGUACAGUUCGGGGCGACUGCGGUCUUUAAUAUUGUGAAUUUUGAUUAAAUGGUUUUUAAUAAAACGAUUGUCUAAACUA